GUCAUCAACAUCGUUACGUCAUCGUCAUUAACACUGUCAUUUUCAUCAACAUCGUUACGUCAUCGUCAUUAACACUGUCAACGUCAUCGUCAUUAACAUCGUCAAUGUCAUCAACAUCGUCUACGUCAUCGUCAUUAACAUCGUCUACGUCAUUAACAUUGUCAACGUCAUCGUCAUUAACAUCGUCAAUGUCAUCAACAUCGUUAACGUCAUCGUCAUUAACAUCGUCAACGUCAUCGUCAUUAACAUUGUCAACGUCAUCGUCAUUAACAUCGUCGACGUCAUCGUCAUUAACAUCGUCUACGUCAUCACUGCCACAGCCCGCUGUGGGGGACGGCCACGUGCGUGAUUGUUGUUGUGGUGGGGGACGGCCACGUGCUCACCGUGUGUGGUGGUGGUGGUGGUUGUGCAAGUCCACGGUGCUUGUGUAACGCGAGGAGGAGCCGCGCUGCCUCGAGUGGGGGGCUCUGUGCGAGUGGGUGGCUCUGUGCGAGUGGGGGGCUCUGUGCGAGUGGGUGGCUCUGUGCGAGUGGGUGGCUCUGUGCGAGUGGGUGGCUCUGUGCGAGUGGGGGGCUCUGUGCGAGUGGGGGGCGCUACGGGCUGCCAGCCCACAGCCUCCGCUGCCGCCACGCGGGGCACCGCCAGCGAGGAGCAGCAGGAGGAGGAGCAGGAGGUGAAGUCGGCUGCCUCUCUCCCUCUCACGCGACUCUCUCCGCCUGCCGUCACCGCCACCCGCCUUGAUCACUCCGCCGCUGGAUGAAGACGCCGCUGUUUGUUUAGUUUGUCAUCACCCCCCCCCACACCUCCGACGUGCACGCUGGGCGACGUGCGGUGCGAAAGAAGUUCGGCGAACAGAUGGCGCCGGGGCCCAGAGUGGAUCGGGAGCGGGAGUCUGGAGGCACACGGAGUGGGGGCAGGAGGAAGGGAAAGAGGACGGCGCCGCAGGGUGGAGCCGGGGGGGAGGCCGCCUGUGUGCCGCUCGGAGGGCGCAAGGCCGCCGCGUCCUGGGCGUGCCGCGGCGUCGUACAGCUGGCGAGCCAAGGGCCGCUCGGCCUGUGGGGCCCGGGCCGACUGCAGCAGAUCCUGAAGCGACAGUCCGCGUGCUCGGUGGCGCGCUAUGGCGUGAUGCGGAAGGUCAGCCCGUUUGACCGGCGCGUCACCUGCCUGGCGUGGCACCCGUCGCGGCCCGGCACGCUCGCUGUGGCCUCCAAGGGCGGCGAUGUCCUUCUGUGGGACCACCGUGCUCUGGAGCCCCUCUCGCUCCUCCUCGGGAACGGACCAGGAGACGCGGUGGGCGGUAUGCUGUUCGACCCGCGCGAUGCGGCCCGCGUGUUCGUGGUGUCUGGGGACGGCUCGCUGCUGCUGCGCGACGUGGAGGGGCGCGCAGGGCCACGGGGCCACGUCGUCGUCAACGCGCCGCAGUGCGUGCACCGGCACCACGACUACAGCUGCUGGUACUGCAGCGUGGAUGUGUCCGUGCCACGUCAGGCCCUGGCUAUCGGAGACAACCUCGGUCACCUGGAGAUGUGUGGCCUCGAAGGCACUCCGAUUUGGAGGCUGAGACUCCACAAGAAGAAGGUGACCCACGUGGAGUUCCACCCGCACUGCGAGUGGCUGCUGGCCAGCGCCUCCGUGGACCAGAGCGUGAAGCUGUGGGACCUCCGUGCCAUCACGGACGACAAGAGCUGCCUGUACACGCUGCCUCACGACAAGCCCGUCAACUCCGCGUACUUCAGCCCUGUGGACGGCGCCAGGCUGCUCACCACCGACCAGUACGACCAGAUCCGCGUGUACGGCUGCUCUGACUGGAGCACGCCACUGCGCACCAUCGUUCACCCUCACCGCCAGUUCCAGCACCUGACGCCGAUCAAGGCGACGUGGCACCCGAGGUACGACCUGGCCGUGAUUGGCCGAUACCCGGAUCUGGUUCGGCCGGGGACGUCCGUCGAGCAGAGCCGCUCCAUCGACCUGUUCGACACCGACAGCGGGGCGCUGCUGUGCCGGCUCGAGGAUCCCCUCUCCCCCGGCAUUGCGAGCGUGAAUCACUUCAACCCAAGUGGGGAGCUUCUCGCCUCAGGCAUGGGACACCACGCCUUGGUGUGGGGUGAAGCCCAGCUCGACGUUCAGCAGCGGCUGCUCUCGGAGCUCCGAGAGCACGUGGGCCGCGCUGGUGGCGGACGCGGCGCGCCG